AUCUAUGCGGACCCUGCCAAAAGGUUGGAGCUGUAUUUCCGCCCCAAGGACCCUUACUGCCAUCCCGUAUGUGCCAAUCGCUUCCCCACCUCCACCAUGCUGCUCAAGGUGAAGAGGAGGACCAAGAGGAAGAAGCAGUUGGACAGUGAAGAACAAAUCCAGCCAGAAGUGCAGUUUGAGAUGGAAAUUCUUGGGACUGUCACCACUGUUUACAAAUUUCAAGGAAUGUCUGAUUUCCAGUACCUGGCAAUGCACUCUGGUCCUGAUGGCAAACAAACCUCCAUGUACGACAAAGUCCUAAUGCUCAAACCAGAGAAGGAAGAAUUUUUCAAUAGAGAGUUACCUCUCUACAUCCCACCACCAAUCUUCUCACGUCUGGACACUCCUGUUGACUAUUUUUAUCGGCCAGAUAUACAGCACCGGGAGGGAUACAACAAUCCCCAGGUGUCUGGUGAGAACCUGAUUGGCCUCAGCAGGGCCCGGCGCCCACACAACGCCAUCUUUGUGAACUUUGAUGAUGAAGAAAUCCCAACUAAACCACUGGAUGCUGCUGUACAGACCUGGAAGAAAGUGUGCACCAAUACUGUGGAUAAAAAGGUGGAAGAAGAGCUGAGAAAGCUCUUUGAAGCCCGUCCUGUCUGGUCUCGGAAUGCAGUAAAAGCCAACAUAAGUAUCCACCCAGACAAGCUCAAACUUCUGUUGCCGUAUUUGGCCUAUUACAUGUUAACAGGUCCUUGGAGAAGCUUAUGGGUUAGGUUUGGGUAUGACCCCAGAAAACAUCCUGAAGCAAAGAUUUAUCAAGUACUGGACUUCCGAAUUCGCUAUGGAAUGAAAUAUGGUUACGCCGCUAAUGAUAUGCCUGUGAAAGCAAAGCGCAGCACGUACAACUACAGUCUGCCCAUCACUGUCAAGAAGCAAGUAAAUCAUACAGUCAGUGUACACGAUCUAAAACAGGGGCUUGGUACAUCUGGUGCAUCUGGUGCAAAAAAGCCAGCUUCUAGCAGAUAUAAACUGAAGGAAUCCAUCUACAUUUUCCGAGAAGGAGCCUUACCCCCUUACCGGCAGAUGUUCUACCAGCUGUGCGACUUGAAUGUGGAAAGCCUGCAGAAAAUCAUCCGUCGGAAUGACGGCAAGGAGUCAGAGUGCACAGAAAGGGAUGGGUGGUGCCUUCCAAAGACCAGCGAUGAUCUGCGAGAUACCAUGUCUCUGAUGAUAAAACAGAUAAUCAGAUCCACAAGACCUGCUCUUUUCUCAAAUACAACAAGCAGUGAAGAUGGCAAAGAGCAGCUGGCAUACGAAUCCGGAGAGGAUGAGGAUGAUGAAGAGGAGGAGGAAGAGGACUUCAAGCCUUCUGAUGGGAGUGAAAAUGAAAUGGAGACAGAAAUUCUGGACUAUGUGUGA